GACAUAUUAUUCCCUCAGGGGUGCAGCCACACAGGAACACAUCAUCAUGGUCACCAUGACGACCGCCGCCUUCCUCUGCCUCCUCCUGGGUGCUGCCUUUGCAGCUCCUGCUGAAGAUAAAGACCUGAAGGUCGCUGAAACACCAGCCAAGGCCCCGACCAAUCAAUCGCCUGAUGCAGCAGUUCUCAUGAACUUCUGCCCAACCGGCUGGGUCCGUUACGGAUCUCGCUGCUUCCUGUUUGUCAACAGAAACUUGAACUGGUACAGUGCCAAGGACCACUGCCAUAUCAUGGGAGGCUACCUGGCUUCAGUGCAGAACUUCCAGGAGUACACCUUCCUGCAGCAGGUGGCGCUGAGUUACUCGGGGAACACAGCCUGGCUGGGAGGCUUCAACCCACAGAGCAAGUGGAUGUGGCUCGACCGUUUAGAUUUUGAUGCCACCGGCACCUGGUUUACUCUGUCCUCUCCCACCGGCUGUGCCUGCACCUACCUGUCCGCCAACUCUAAAGGCGGUAACACCAACUGCGCUUCCUCUCGUCCCUUCUUCUGCUCCAAGGACCCGUUCACCUGCUAACGUCUCCGACCGGCAGCAGCGUCGACACGUUGCGAUUCGUCUGAGUAAAGAUCAGUUUCUCGCUGUCCACUGUGAAAAUGACUCUGUCACCUUUAUCAUCAAAUACAAACCUGCUUCUUUUUCUCGCACCAGCUUCAAGUCAUGUGACUUCCACCUGCCGAUUAUUUGAGAAAAAUCAUCUUUGGCUUCUUUUCUGCUGUGAAGUUUAUUGAGUCAAAUCUUUGGAGAAUCUUUUUGAUGAUAAAAACAAAAUCUUUGAAAGUGUUUGUGAUUGUUAACGGUGUGAAAUAAAGUUCUAAGAGGACAAAAGUGAAAAAUAAU